AUGGCUCGGGAAUGGUCUGGUAACGGCACCUGCUGCGGUUUGGAAGGAAAACGUAAAAAAAAAUUUGGUGGCACUUUCACCCGUUCCGUUGUGAGUAGCUAUCAGGAGGUUUACAAUCAUCAGGCGAGAAGAUUGGUGGAAGAACUGAAGGUACACGUCGGCAAACCUCCCUUUGAUUCAAUGCACUGUAUAGCUCAUAGAACUUUGGAAACAAUUUGCCAAACGGGACUUGGUUACACGGAUUUCACUGAUAAUAUUGUAACGGAAGAAUAUUAUGACGCCUUUAACAGAUCCUUAGAAUUGAUACUUUUAAGAGGUUUUAACAUCCUAUACCAUUGCGAUUGGUUAUAUCGGCUCACUUCAGGAUACGCUGAUAUGAAAAAACAAGUGGCGGUCUUAAAUAGCGUUUCGGAGACUAUAAUAAAAAAGAAACUACAACGGAGACAAAAAGAAAAAAACAACAAGAAUACUAAUGAGUUUGUACAAGAAAAGAAGCCAAGUUUUAAGUCGUUUUUGGACAUAUUAUUAGAUUUGAGCGAGAAUGAUCCUAGUCUUACUGAGUAUCAGAUCAUGUCGGAGGUGAACACUUUGAUAGUUGGGGGACAGGAGACGGUUGCAGUCACUUUAUUCUUCGCUUUCCUGAUGCUCGGCAGUCAUCCUGAUGUGGAAGAAAAACUACAUGCUGAGGUAAUUAAUAUUUUGGGUGACAAGCCUGACGUAGAUAAAGAAGAUCUCUCCCGAAUGGUGUACUGUGAAGCAGUGAUUUUUGAAACAUUACGUAUGUUCCCACCCAUACCCACGGUCCUGCGGUAUGCUGAUCGGGACCUCAAACUUGAUUCCUACACCAUUCCACGAGGAACGACUGUGGUUCUCAACGCGUGGGGUUCAGGACGGUCGGAGAGUUUGUGGGGGAACCAGGCGUCUUCUUUCAGACCAGAAAGGUGGUUAUAUGGAGAACCCUGCAUGUCCUCAUGUCUUGCAUUCAGCGUGGGUCGGCGGUCUUGUAUAGAAACGGGACUUGGUUACACGGAUUUCACUGAUAAUAUUGUAACGCAAGAAUAUUAUGACGCCUUUAACAGAUCCUUAGAAUUGAUACUAUUAAGAGGUUUUAACAUCCUAUACCAUUGCGAUUGGUUAUAUCGGCGCACUUCAGGAUACGCUGAUAUGAAAAAGCAAGUGGCGGUCUUAAAUAGCGUUUCGGAGACUAUAAUAAAAAAGAAACUACAACGGAGACAAAAAGAAAAAAACAACAAGAAUACUAAUGAGUUUGUACAAGAAAAGAAGCCAAGUUUUAAGUCGUUUUUGGACAUAUUAUUAGAUUUGAGCGAGAAUGAUCCUAGUCUUACUGAGUAUCAGAUCAUGUCGGAGGUGAACACUUUGAUAGUUGGGGGACAGGAGACGGUUGCAGUCACUUUAUUCUUCGCGUUUCUGAUGCUCGGCAGUCAUCCUGAUGUGGAAGAAAAACUACAUGCUGAGGUAAUUAAUAUUUUGGGUGACAAGCCUGACGUGGAUAAAGAAGAUCUCUCCCGAAUGGUGUACUGUGAAGCAGUGAUUUUUGAAACAUUACGUAUGUUCCCACCCAUACCCACGGUCCUGCGGUAUGCUGAUCGGGACCUCAAACUUGAUUCCUACACCAUUCCACGAGGAACGACUGUGGUUCUCAACGCGUGGGGUUCAGGACGGUCGGAGAGUUUGUGGGGGAGCCAGGCGUCUUCUUUCAGACCAGAAAGGUGGUUAUAUGGAGAACCCUGCAUGACCUCGUGUCUUGCAUUCAGCGUGGGUCGGCGCUCAUGUAUAGGUAGGACCUACGCUAACGCCAUCUUGAAGACGAUGCUGGCUCACUGUGUUAGAAGAUUUAGGUUUCAUUCAGAUACUAAAAAAUUAAAAAUAAAAAUGGAUCUAGUUCUGCGUCCCAUUAGCGGUCAUCUCUUAGAGGUGGAACUAAGAAAUGAUUCUCGUUAG